AUGGAUUUUAACCGCCCUCACCAUCGGUAUUUGGCCGGCAUGCGUAUCAACACUUUCGACUUUGAUGACCAGCCACCCCCGAAAGGCACUGCUGGAUCUUCAAAAGGGGACUCUGGGCCCGAGAGAGGCUAUAUCGGAUCCCUAGGGUUCUCCUCGUGCGAGAUUCCCGGAAGACGGCUAAGGACAGCGGGGCAAUCUCACAGGUCCUCCGAUAACAGAGGCUUGGGAUAUCCGCCGACGGUCGAUUGGAAAACUGUCCUCGAAAAGGGGACUGCAGUGCGCGAUGAAGACCCGCUGAGGGAGCUCCGUGGUAGUGCACCGCUUGAGAGACAACGCAGCAGGUCAGAUUAUCAACGCAAAGGACCAAUUUCUAUGGAAGAACGACGUAGCAUCCUUCGUCAAGCAGCAUCCGACAGCCGGCAAGCUAUACAACGUCUAUUUCGGACCAGCGGCGCAGAUCCCGAUCCCGUUCCGCCAGUGAGAAAAGGCACAGACGCCGACGCAGCAGAGUACAUGAUCCACGGUCAAGAGGUAUUGAACAAAAUAAAUCGGUUUGACCCUUUUCGCGAGCCCAGGAUUCCUGAGCUGCGGGGACUGCGCCCAGCUGCAAUGAUAUACAAUGUCCAGGCCAGAGCGCGAGAAAUUGAAAAUGCCAAAAGAGCAAAUGCACCGCCGCCUCCUGCAAAAAGCACCCCGAGAUCUUUCUUUGACUCGCUUGUUGAUUUAGCAAAGUCGAUUCUUCACCGAAAGCCCGACGACAAAGGCGUAUGGCUGUGCUCCCUCUGCACAAUAGCCCUGGACACGCUGAAUCCUCCUGAAGAAGACCGAGCGACCGUGGAAGGGAUGCAUCAAAGGCUGGGAAUCUGGCCGCCAUUCAAGCGAGUCAAAGGUGUUAACAUGGCUAUUCGAAAAUGCGCGCGAUGUCAGAACAGUCGUCAUGCUACACUCUUUGCAUAUUUUGAUUUCGAGGAGUAG